AUGGCGAUUGUUCUAUCCAUAGAGCCUCCUUAUUGCUUCAUCCUUCUCUAUGUUGCCUAUUUCUGUCUGGAAAUGUGGUUCGGCGUCUUUCUUAUUGCCUUUUCCUCUCUCUUUGAGUCGUCGAUUCAAGGCCAGGCGAUCGGGUACACAUUGUUCACUUUGAGAUUAGUCUGUGGCAACCUUCCAUCGCUAAUCGUCGUAUUGAAUACGUUUUUCUCAUACCACUAUUCUUUGCUCAUCAUGAUUCCUGGUUUCCAGUUCAUUUCAGCCAUAUUUUUCCUUGCCGCUUUCUUCGCUGUCAAGAUCGAGUCAAACUGA